GCAACGCUCUGGCCAAGUUGUUGAGGCGCGUGAACCAAAAAAAGGGGAAAAUUCAACCGUUUUCAGUUAUCUCUUUACUUGGCAACAUUUAUUUAAUGUAAUUGACCAGUGUGCGGAGGGGAUUAUUGAGUUAAAAAUUAAUAAAAGCCUGCUAAUAAGGAAAUUGCUCCGAAAACUCGUUAACAACACACAACACGCACAAUAUGCGAUACUCUGCGUAGAGCGAAUUGAGCAUACGCCACGUUGGACCGUCAAAAGGAUUUCGUAAACAUAUUGUUGCGGUAAACUGCAGGCAGCUAUUUUAUUAAAAAAAGUGUUUGCACAUUUUUAUUCGGCUCUGCGUCACCGACUUGCAAAUACUCAAGGGAUUCACUCUCAGCCGGAGAAAUGGACAUUGUCAUACGUGAGGAGGACAUUUCAUUGGCCCAAAUUGGCGUUUAUGCCUCUGUGUCAUUCCUGGUUGUUUCCGCUGUUGGGGCAGCCCUCUAUACCACCUGCUCGAAACGCUAUCGCCUGAACUGGUUCGAACAAAAUCUCCUGGAGUCCGCGAACGAAAAGGAUGAAGAUCAGCAGAGGGAGUCUUUGGUUGCCGGUGCCGUAGGCUACAAUGUGGACAACGUAAACGAGGUACCGCGUGGGAAAUACAGCAGUGGAAAUGCCGGUAACAUCAGCCCCACCUCAUUGAAAAGCGAGGACAAUGACCCGGCCUUUUGGGUGCCGGCUUCGGUCACAUCCACGGCAGCCAUCCAGCAACAAGUGUCCAAUACCACCGAGGAGUCCGCACCGCCCACUCCUACAUCACCCACCGGCAGCCUGAAGUCCAACACCUUGUCGUACUGUUCCACCACCUCGGUGCCGAUCGCCAGAUCCGAGAAGCAUGUGGUCCUGGCCAUGCAUCCCAGCCGGCCCAGAGUGUCCUCCAUGAAUGCCAAGCUGGAUCACACCAAAAUCGACAUGACCCUGUAUAGGAGUCACUCGCAGCCGAAGACCCUCAAUCCAGUUUCAAUCAACGAAGUUCGGGGUAAUUUGCAUGUGAGCAUUGGCUACGAUCCAGUUGGAGGUUUGCUAAAUGUUCGACUACUGGAGGCCCAGAAUCUGCAACCGAGGCAGUUUAGCGGAACUGCCGAUCCUUAUGCCAAAGUUCGCUUGCUGCCGGAUAAAAAGAACUUUUGGCAGACCCGUAUACACAAGAGGACCCUGAAUCCAGUUUUCGACGAGCAGUUCGUUUUCGAGGUAACAGCCGGAGUAAUUGACAAACGUACUGUGGAAAUUUUACUGUACGACUUUGACGCAUAUUCCCGGCACGUUUGCAUCGGAGGAAGUAAACUACAUUUGGCCAACCUGGAUCUCAGUGAGCAGUUGAAACUGUGGACUCCUCUUAGUUCUGCCUCGGCCCAAGAUAUGAAAGUGGAUCUAGGGGAUAUAAUGGUGUCCCUGGCCUAUUUGCCCUCAGCGGAGCGUUUGAUGGUCGUCCUGAUCAAGGCACGAAAUCUGCGGAUUGUCGACGAUGCCCGGAACUCCUCGGAUCCGUAUGUGAAGGUAACCCUCCUCGGUCCCGGUGGCAAAAAGAUAAAGAAACGCAAGACGGGUGUUCAAAGGGGCACCCUGAACCCCGUCUACAAUGAGGCUCUUGCUUUCGAUGUGGCCAAGGAGACUCUAAAAAACUGUGUACUGGAAUUCGCCGUGGUCCACGAUGGGCUAUUGGGAUCAAGUGAAAUUUUAGGACGAACUCUCAUUGGAAACUCUCCCGAAGUACGCACCGAGGAAAAAAUAUUUUUUGAAGAAGUUUUUCGCGCCAAAAAUGCUACGGCUCAAUGGGUUCCACUGCAAGAACCGGCAAACAAUUUGGCAACAGCAGCUAAAAGUUCAAAGAACUAGAGUUCUGUAUUAUUGUAAAGGUAUUUUUCCAGUAUUUCCACCGAUGCAAUCCUAAUUUCAAAGGAUGUGUGUGUAAUCGGUUCUAGUCGAUUAAAAUACCAAAAUAUCCUGUUGGAUUGUGUCUCAUAAGAGACAUUAAUGGUUGCUGACUUGGAUGCGUGUAGAAAUGUGAAUGAAGUGAAUUUCCAAACCUUUUUUGUGUUAGCACUGACAUGUUAUUAACACUAUAAGAUUCUGUAAUGCGAUAGAAUCACUUAAUUCAAAAUAAAUUAUAUAUAUAUUCUGUAUAUAUACAUAUAUAUGUAUAUAAAAAUCUAUUACGCUUUAACGAUCGAAAGAAAACAUAUUUAAAGCUUCGUUUUCUCAGAUCGAGCUUUUGCAAUUAACUCUUUAAAAUUGAAAAUAUUAAUUUUACACCCUGAUUCCCUAUAUUCGUACAUCAAAAGUAAAACGUAUUAACAAAAUACUGAUUGUGGAAAUUAAGAACCCUUUUUAAAAAUAGCAGAAGCAUUAUGAAAAAGUAAUUGUCCUUUUUUUAUACAAUUUCGCGUGGGCCACUCCUAUUAUUGUGAAUAUAGCUGCACACGUAUAUCAUAUAAAUAAUGUAUAACACGAAUUGGCGAUUUACUAACCAAAAGUUUAAUGACAUAAGGGAACUUGCAGGGAUACGUUUUAAGAAGGAAAAAGAGUCGAAACAGAAGAAAAAAUAACCAACAGUUUCAAACAUGGUCAAAUAUAACUCAAUGAAUGUGCUUUGUACGGUAUCAAUUAAUAAAAGAAAAUAUAUAUUUCAUAUACAUUUUAUGUGUCGAAAAUGUCAAGAUGUACCUAAAAUAUAAACUAUUACCGUAAACAAAUUACCAAAACAAUAUAGGACGCAAGCGAUGAUUUAACAAUUUUUUAUAAGUUACUCAAUGGUUUCAGGGCACAGAGGGCACAACAAUAACAGAAUUAUACAUAGUUUGAUUUCUCGCAUUAUAACAAUUUGUUGAACAUAUGCACAGCAAGUAGAAAUAUUUGUAUCCAAAGAAAAGGAUUCUUAUAUGCAUUAUUAUUAAUGUAGUGAUUACAGUAAUUUUUGUCUAUAUAGUAGAUAUAGGUUAA